GGUUGGGCUUUGUUUAACUAUAAAACAUGGUUUAGUUAACUCCGGAUCCACACUCCAAUCCAGAUGGUGGCGGUAAUGCACCAAAAGCUGGUUGCCAACCGCCAUAAAACACACAAGAAGAAGAAGAAGAAGAAGUGUUCAGGUGGAUUUCGUCAGUUUCAAGUUUGUUUUUGUCUCCCUUUCCACUAAGCAAAAUCCUUCUCGUUUUCGAAUUUCUAUGCCUUGUCGGUAGGUUUUUCCACGCUCACGAGAAAACGCUUGAAGAGAUUAAAAAGAUGGCAGAAUCUUUACCAUCAUCAUCAAAGCUAAAACGGACAAGGAGACAGAGUAUUGAUCAGAUGUGCCAAUCUCUGUCAUCCUCCCAGGGUCCUCUGUUUGAGGAGCUUCAGUGUUCAGUGUGUCUGGAUGUGUUCACUGAUCCAGUCAGCACUCCAUGUGGACACAACUUCUGUAAAAGCUGCCUAAACGAGUGCUGGGACAAGAGUCAGAAUUGCAACUGUCCAAUCUGUAGUGAAACAUUCAGUAAAAGACCCAAACUCAAAAUCAACACAACACUUAGACAAGUAGUGCAGCUCUUUAAGGAAAGGUUGAGUAAAUCGGAAGUGCAGCAGAUGAUCCAGGACCGAAUCAAGAAGAUUCAAGACAUCAAACACUCAGCAGAACUCAGAAAAAAAAGCACAGAGCGAGAGAAAGCAUCCACUGUUGGGCUCUUCAGUGAUCUGCUGCGCUCCAUUGAGAUAUGUCAGGCCGAGCUGCUGGAGAUGAUAAAGGAGAAGCAGAAAGCAGCAGAGAAACAGGAUGAAGAGCUGAUUCAAGAGCUGCAGCAGGAAAUCAAUGAGCUGAAGAUGAGUAAUUCUGAGCUGGAUCAUCUCUCAAGCACUGAGGAUAACCUUCAGCACCUAGAGAUUAACCCAUCCAUAGGCAGCCCUCCACACAGCAGGAACGGGCCUGAGAUCAGUGUGGAGACUCUGAGGAGAGCUCUGACUCAACUGCAGGAAACUCUGGACCAGAAACUCAGUCAAACUGUGUUAAAGAGGAUGCAGCGGUAUGCAGUGGAAUUGACUAUGGAUCCCGAUACAGCUCAUCCAGAACUCCUCCUGUCUGAUGACAGGAAACAAGUGAGAGUUCAAGACGUUGAACAUGAGCUCCCAGAUAUCCCAGAGAGGUUUGAUUAUUGUCCUGAUGUCCUGGCAAAGGAGGGAUUCUCUGCGGGGAGAUUUUACUUCGAGGUUCAGGUGAAGGGAAAGACUGACUGGGUUGUUGGAGUGGCCAGAGAAUCGAUUAACAGGAAGGGAGAAAUCACAGUAAAUCCUCAAAAUGGAUUCUGGGCUGUGGGUCUGAGGAAUGAGAGUGAAUAUAAAGCCUGUACUGGUCCAGCUGUCUCCCUCUCUCUGAGAGUGAAACCGCAGAAGGUUGGUGUGUUUGUGGAUUAUGAGGAGGGUUUGGUCUCCUUCUAUGAUGUGGAGUCAAGAUCUCACAUCUACUCUUUCAUUGGACAAUCUUUCACUGAGAAAGUCUAUCCUUUCUUCAGCCCUGAGGUUAUUGAGGGAGGUCAAAAUCCCCCGCUGAUCAUCUCACCAGUUAUUUACAAUGAUUGAAUGAAUCCCAAAAGUAAAAAGCAACUCCAAAAAUAUGAGUAGUGCUGUUUUUUCCCACUUGUAAUUUUCUAGUUAUCAAUACACAGAUUAGACGUACUUCACACACGUGUAAUAGUUUAUCAUUUGUCUAUUUGAUGACCAGUCUAGUUUUGGGAUAAUUUAGACCUGUGUUUCUCAACCAUGCUCCUGGAGGACCAUCAGCUCUGCACAUUUUCCAUGUCUCCUUUACCAAACACUCCUGAUUGUGAUCAUCGGCUCAUUAGCAGAGACUGAAAGAGCUGUAUUAUGUGUGAUAGACAAAGACAUCCAAAACAUGCAGUGUUGGUGGUCCUCCAGGAACAUGGUUGAGAAACACCGAUUUAGACAACUACUAGAUUGUCUUUGACAGCUUAAAUUUAGCUUUAUAUCAGCCAAGUUGUCUGUUUAGAUGUCUAUUAGACUUAUUUUAAACAAACAAAAAAAUGUUUUGAGGACAAAAGAAAGCUUUUUGACUUCCAAGUACCCUGUUGUAAUUCUUUUGUCAUUUAGGUCUGAUGGUCUGUUUAAUAUCCCACAAGUUUGAGAUUACCAUACGUUUUCUAACAUCAUAAGGAAUCUUUACUAAUGAUGUAGUUGAGUUAUAUUGUUAUAAAAUAAAAGUAACACAAACCCUCAAAAAUAUGACAUUAUUUUCAUUUUUUACACUUUAAAGGGUUAGUUCACCCAAAAAUUCAAAACCUUUUAUGUUGUGUUUACACAAGGUGCAGCAGUCGUAAAUAAAUUGCACUAUUUGCGUGUAAAUAGACACUUGAACAUUUUGUGUUUACUCGUUUCAUUCGCACAGGAAAUUCACUUCACAAUAGACACAGGUUCACGUCAUAGGCUUGCCUUCUGUCCGCCUGGUGAUUCUAACCUCAUUGCUAAAUGGCUAACAUGGAUUUAAUGAGAAAGUAGCUGUGCUUUAGGUGCUUUAGGAAGGCUAAAAAACAGCAUAUAUUCGUUCUGCGCCUUGUCUGAGUCCACUAGGUCCUUUCGGAGGUGCAUCCAGCUCUGUGAGUUCCUCAACUCCUCCAGAAGCUAUAUGUGAAUGAUGGAGGCUUUCAGCUGUGCUUCAGACUAAGCCGAACACCGUUUGAUAAGCUGUUGUUCGGUGUCGGCAAGAG